AUGUGUGAAAACAUAGAAAACUUAAAAAAUAUGGAGUGCCUUAACGGCAAUGAUCUACUAUCACCAAAUUUCAAUGAAAUCGGAACUGAGCAUUACAAUCAAGCAUACCCUGAAGAGCGAAUAGCCGAUUAUUUCUAUAAUUCUGUUAUACUCGUGACUGGCGGAACCGGCUUCGUCGGGAAGGCUUUACUGGAGAAGUUGCUGAGGAGCUGUCCCGGGAUUGACACCAUUUAUAUCCUCAUGCGUCCCAAACGUGGACUGUCUGUGGAUCAGAGGUAUAAGGAACUGUUGAAGAAUCAGGUUUUCGAUCGCAUCCGAGCAAAGUGGCCAGAGCGUUUGAGUAAGUUAUACCCCAUCACUGGUGACGUCUCCGCCCCUAAUCUUGGUGUCAGCCCCGAGCAACAGUUGCUGUUGAAAAAAUGCAAUACGGUUUUCCAUUCGGCCGCUACCGUGAAAUUUACAGAACCUCUUCAUGCUGCAACUACUUUGAAUGUCCAAGGAACUGCAACUCUCUUGAAAUUGGCUGGAGAUAUGCCGUUACUUAGGGCUCUAGUUCACGUAUCAACAGCGUACAGCAAUGCUCCAAGAAGUUACAUAGAAGAAAAAGUGUAUCCACCCCCAUACGACCCGGAGAGUAUCGUAAAAUGUACUAAGAUGUUGCCAGCGGAAACUGUGAAUAUUAUUGCUGAAGCCUUACAGGGUGAUCAUCCUAAUCCUUAUACACUGACGAAAUCGCUCGCAGAGUCUAUUGUGUACAACCACACAGAACUACCUGUCUGUAUUAUCAGACCUUCCAUAGUAACGGCCGCAUUCCAGGAGCCAUUUCCCGGUUGGAUUGAUAACGUUUACGGAGUUACAGGUAUAAUAAUGGAGAUAUCGCGUGGUACCUAUCGUUCGGGGUACUGUAGAGAGCGUUACGUUGUGGACCUCGUACCAGUCGACAUGGUGGUCAACAGCUGCAUCUUAGCCGCCUGGAGACAAGGGUCGAAAAAACCAGGCCGUUGUCCAGUCUACAAUGUCACAUCGGGAUCAAUUAAUCCACUACAAUGGGGACAUUUCACAAAACUCUGCGUCAAAUGGGCAAGAGAGAACCCUACAAAAUAUGUUAUGUGGUACCCAAACUUUGCUUUUACGGAGUCUCGGUUUAUAAAUACAUUUUGGGAAAUAUCUUGCCACUUUUUACCAGCUUUCCUAUAUGAUUUACUACUCCGGGCACAAGGAAGAAAAGCAAUAAUGAUGAAACUUGCACGACGAUUUAAAAUGGCUGCGGCGACCGGUGAAUAUUUUGCCAAUCAUGAGUGGGAAUUUGGCGUCUCGGAAUUAACAGCUUUACACAAUGAAGCAAGUUCUGCUAGUGAUUCAGGUGCCUUUGCGCACUGGCCUGGGCAGUUCAAUUGGGAUUCAUAUAUCGGUUCAUAUAUGCUUGGAAUAAGACGGUUCAUUUUAAAAGAUACCACAGAAUCACUCCCUCAAGCCCGAAAUAAAUUGAAAAGGUUAUACUGGGUUCAUAGAUUGUUUCAAGUGGCAACAGGGUACUACGUUUUUAAAUUUCUAGCAGGCCGUGUGCGGUAG